GGUUAGUAUUUUGAUAGAUUGAUUGAAUUAAAACAAAAUUUCUCAUAUUUUCAUUCAUAUUCAAGCCAUGGUCAUUAUGAAGGCUCAAAUAAAAAAUAUUGUUCUCCAGUCGCUGUCAAGACAUCCUGUCAUUCAGUUUAAUUUUUGAACAAUGUUGGGGUUAAGAUUAUUAAUUUUUUUAAUAUUUAUACAAGAAUUGCUUGGACAUCAACCGGAAUCUCUUUUACCAGCAGCUAUCAAAUAUGCUUUAGCUGGUUCUUUUAAUGACACAACUUUUGCUGAUGUUUUGAAUGUUGUCAUUCAAAGUGACGCUAAGGAAAAUCAAGUCAUUUUUCUCGAUACAAUUGACAAUAUACUCAGUGAUAACUGGAAAUUUGUGAUAAAUAUCAAUGUAAAUAAUAAUUUUGGUCAAUUGACAAGUGACUUUAGUUUAUGGUUUAUAGACUCUUAUGUAGCUUUUCGACGUCUUCUUCCAUGGAUUCAGGCUUAUCACAAAGAUUCACAACUCUAUUAUUUUAUCGUUCUUUGUUCUUCUAACACUGAAAAAUCUCAUCUUCAUGAGAUACAAAACAUAUUCACCGAUUUUUUGGAUCUUAUGGUUGCUAAUGUCAAUGUCAUUAUAGAAUCUCUUAAUGGAGAAGUUUUAUUUUAUACAUUUUAUCCCUUUCAAGACCUCACAUCAUGUCGAUCAGCAAAGCCUUUUCUUACUUAUAUCUUCAAAAAUAUCACUUCAAACGCUAGAAGAAAUUUCUUUCCACCUAAAGCAGAUAAUCUUAAUCUUUGCCCACUUCGUAUUAGAACCAAUAAUGAAAUCAUUCUAAACGUAGCAAACUUCGGAAUACCGAAACAACUUAUUAACUAUGAAAUGGCUCUACUUGAAUUUAUAAUGUUGGAGGAGUUGUCAUCUAGAAUGAAUUUUACAUUGGAAAUAUAUGACUAUCCAUCGACUUUACUCGAAUCUGAGCUAUUAUCUUUUCAAACUUCGGGAGAAAAAUCUUUAAAUAAUGGAAAAAUUGAUUUCGUUCUAAGCUAUUCAUUUAACCAACCCUAUUCGAAUACAUUUUUCUCCAAGAGCGUACCGUACUAUUUGACCUGGCUCAUAAUGGUUCUGCGACCUUUAACAAAUAAUCUUCAAACAUUUCCUUGGAUCUUGGAGCCAUUCACGGUCACAACUUGGAUCUACAUUAUUGUUUCUUUUUCGUCAAUCAUAGGAUGCCUAACGUUUGCAGGGAGAUCCACUCGAUUUUCUAAGAUCCUACAUCACCUUCAGUAUCGUCAACCAAAAGCCCUUGAGAUAUUAUCAGUCGUUAUAGGUUCACCAGUUUUAUACAUGCCAAGGAAUAAUUUUCUACGCUUUUGUAUAAUGGUCUUGAUGUUGGGCAUGUUUAUACUCCGGUCAGCUCAUCAGGGUAAACUUUUUGACGUAUUUCGAGGACGGAUAAAGUUGAAAAUACCGCGAAGUAUAAAAGAACUCUCCGAAAAUAAUUACACUAUUUACUCUAUGCGAUUCUAUAAAUCUUUUAUAAACAAUGUUAAUCAAGUUGAAUAUCAAUACUUCAGAGAAAUUCCAAUUAACGAACCUUUGCAAAAUAAUUUGUUUGAGAAUAACAAAAGAAUUGCGUUGGUCUUAUCAUUUAUAAACAUUUUCACAUUUUACACAACUACACAACGAAAGGCUUUGGUAAUGGAACCAAUUUUUCAGGAACAAAUUUGUGUGUUCUUUCAACAACAUUCGAUAAUUCAACCAAAAAUCAAUGAAAUCAUCAUGAGAUUAGAAGAUUCUGGAAUUUUACAUAAUCUUAGAAAAACUUUUGAAAAUCUUAAUAAUCAAGGACUAACAUUGGACAGAAGAUAUCAGGAACCGAAACCUUUAGGUCUUGGACAUUUUACUAAUGCAUUUUAUAUGAGUGCAACGCUGUGUACAAUUUCUUGCUCAGUUUUUAUUGUUGAACUAUUAUGGAAUAAGAUGCUUUUGGGAUCAGCUCAUCAGGGUAAAUUGUUUGACGCCUUCCGAGGACACAUUUUGCUGAAUCCACCUCGAAGCAUUAGAGAACUCUUUGCAGAAAACUACACCAUCUACUCGCAUUCAUACUACCGGUCAAUAAUUAAUGAAAUAAACGAAAUGGAAUACCUUAACUUACAAAAACUUCAGUUUCUGAAUGGAAUGGAUUACAAUAAAUUAUUUGAAGAAGGCAAACUAAAUGCAUUCGUUUCUUCAUAUGCACAAUUUUAUCCGUUUUACACAGCCAGCCAACGUGGUAACUUGAAAAUUGCACCCAUUAUUCGUCAACAAGUUUGUGUCUUUUUCCAACAGCAUUCAGUCAUUCAACCGAAAAUCAAUGGAAUUAUUGUGAGACUGGAAGAAGCUGGAAUAUUGCGUUAUUUUAGAAGAGAUUUUGAGAAUCUUCAGGAUUCUGGCAGAAUUGCUUCGAAUAAACGUGGGGAAGAGCCGAAGCAAUUAGAUCUGGAACGGUUUGGAUUUGUGUUUUACUUUGGAAUCGUUUUAUAUGGAAUUUCGUGCUUGGUUUUCGUUUUGGAGCUUCUUUGGACUGAGAUACUUUUGAUGUUAACAAAGUUAAGUACAAAUAUUUAA